GUACUCUGGGGGCCCAGUACCAUUCAAAGAUGCAGACUACCGGGAUGCUGCGUGGUACCAGGGCCAUCUACUUUCUCGUACUACUCGCGCCUCUCGUUGAUAAUGCUCAUUCGUAUCCCUAUCAAAUAUUGCCCAGCAUCCCCGGCUACAUUCCUGUAUACAUAAGAAAUGGAGAUCAACCGUUGGAGGAAAUAAAUCCUGCCUUGGCCGAAGCAUUCCACGAACACUCGGGCUUAUCCAAGAGCAUUCGAUUGGAUCACAACUUCAGCCAGCUCGAGUCUAUCGAAGAAAGCAGAGCCAACUCGGUUGUUGAUGAAUCGAGAAAAAAAUAUUACCCUGCAUACGCUAGGGAAUCCGGAAAUUCAAUAGCCGGUAAUGAGAGGCGUGAGGAAGAAGAUAUGCACGCUGAAAAGAAUCCUGGCUUUCAAGUACCAAAACUCGUUUCUCUUUAUGAAUUGCAUGAAAAAUUGAAGAAAGCGCAGAAGGAGGAUCAAUUGAAAGAUGGUUCCGAUUUCAAGGUGUCUCUGGCCAAAGUAAGUUCGAUCUUAUCGACAGAAAAGAGGGAUAAUUCAGACAGACUGUCGACAGAGAUUGAGAAAGAGGAAAGCAAACCGAAUGAUUUAUAUGAUCCUAAUCCAAAUUAUCCUGAGCUACCUGCUGAGAUCGGGCAUAAUCGUGAUACUCCGCAGGACUUCGUGUCUGUGAUAGGACUAGAAUCACUGACCGAGCAACCUAACGUUCGCCAAUACAAGGAUCUCUCGCAUCUUACGGAGGAGAAAAACGCGGUCGACGAUAAAAACACGAAGGAGGAGGAACCGGUUAAGGAGCAACGUCCUUCGGAUAUUUUGUCGAACGUGCAGAAACUUUCGCCGAUCGCUCCACCGGAAGCUUACGCGAGUCAAAAAUCCGACGAGAAGGUGGAAAAGAAAACCGAAAAAAAAACGGAUAGCAAAACAGAAACAUUAACCACGCAAGAGCCGACUCCUCUCCUUUAUAAAGAUUUAUCUCAUCUUUCCAAUGACCAGAAGGUAAUCGAAUCUUCCAAUAAAAAGGAUGAGAAAUCAGAGAAGGAAGAAGAAACUUCUUCGGAUGCCGUUAAGGAUACAGUAGUAAAGGAAACAGCGAAAGAAGAGAACCCUACGAACGUUUUCAAACUUUCUCCAAUUGCUCCGCCAGAAGCAUACGAAACGGAAGAGAAAACAACGAAGAACAAAGUCGAAGAGAAGCCUAUCAAUACGUCGCUUAUUCAUCUACCGAUUCACCAACCAAUAGUCCAUCUUUAUAAAGAUCUCUCUCAUCUGUCGAACGAUGAAGAAGAAACGGUUACCGAAAAAGAAAAUGAAACGCCGAUAAAGGUGAAAUCUCCUUACAAUGUUUCAACAAACGUUUUUAAACUUUCACCGAUUGCACCACCAGAAGCAUAUUCGAAAAAAGACGAUCAAGAUAUUGUUCCUAGUGUGAUACUCAUGCAAGAAAUCGUCCAGGAUGAUAAAAAAGCAGAGUCUCAUAGGACAUAACGACGACGUAUCAACGUAAUCUCGAAUAAAAGAGACUAUUAUAAUACUUUCAUCUCAUUGAUUGAGAACUUUGUCGUCGAUCGAAUCAGGAUCCUCUCGUUUUACGAUUUUUAAAUGUAGGAUAAUAUUUCUGUUUUUUUUUCUUGUUAAGGAAGAGAAAAUAAAUACGUAACAUGUCAAUCCUUUA